UGUGAUUUUGUACCAUUUUGUAAACAAAUCACCCCAAAAGGGGGCCUCGAAUGCAAAGGUAAGGAAGUGGGGCUGACCAAUGAGAGGGCCAGCUGAUCUGAGCAUCCACUCUUUGUUGCCUCAGCAGCAGCAGCAGCCGCCGUGAGAAGCCUCAGUCUCUAGCCAAAGACUCCCAACAGCAGCCGAACUUUUGAGAGCCUCAGACUCUUGCCAAAGAAUCCAGAGGCGGCAGCAGAAGUAGCAGCAGCUGCACAGGGGACAUGAAUGGGACUCUCUCUCCCUUCCCUUGGUGAGAGGCUGCCAAACUCUUGCAGACAAGUAGACUGGGGAAGGGAAGAAGAACCAGCAACUUGCAAGCAAGAGCUGCUGCAUUCUCCUGUCUCUCCUAAGAGCCAGUGAAAAGUGCUUUGUGCAAAAAGGACAUUUAUUGUUGCUGUGAAAAAAGAAAUAUCUCAUGCAUUUUUAAGACUGGAUUCUUUGUGAUGGUGAACUGAGCAAUUGAUCCUGGAGAGGGGAAAAAUGAAUUCCCACAGAAAUGUCCCCCUGUGGGCAGUGGGAUUCUACACAUCAUUAUUUUUUGCUCUUCUUUUUUCUUCUUGCUGUGCACAAGGAGAUGCUGAUGGAGAGUUGGAGCCUCAACCCACUGAAGAAGAAAUCCCAGAAGGAGCAUCCACCUUGGCUUUUGUGUUCGAUGUGACUGGCUCAAUGUAUGAUGAUUUAGUUCAGGUAAUUGAAGGAGCAUCCAAAAUUUUGGAAACUUCUUUGAAGAGACCCAAGAGAUCGCUUUACAACUUUGCACUGGUUCCUUUCCACGAUCCAGAAAUUGGUCCUGUAACAAUUACGACAGAUCCCAAGAAAUUUCAGUAUGAACUUAGGGAACUAUAUGUUCAGGGAGGUGGUGACUGUCCAGAGAUGAGCAUUGGAGCAAUCAAAAUUGCUCUAGAAAUUUCUCUUCCUGGUUCCUUCAUCUAUGUAUUUACUGAUGCACGAUCCAAAGACUACAAACUGGCUCAUGAAGUAUUGCAGUUGAUUCAGCAGAAGCAAUCGCAGGUUGUAUUUGUCCUAACAGGAGACUGUGAUGAUAGAACACAUAUUGGUUACAAGGUCUAUGAAGAGAUUGCAUCAACGAGUUCUGGUCAAGUUUUUCACUUGGACAAAAAACAAGUCAACGAGGUACUGAAAUGGGUAGAAGAAGCAGUGCAAGCUUCCAAAGUUCAUCUCUUGUCCACAGACCACCUGACUUCAGCAGUAAAUGCUUGGCAAAUCCCUUUUGAUCCCAGUCUAAGAGAGGUUACUGUCUCAUUGAGUGGUCCUUCUCCAGCUAUUGAAGUUCAUAAUCCUUUAGGUAAGCCCAUUAAAAAAGGAUCUGGCUUGAAUGAAUUACUGAAUAUUGAAAACUCGGCAAAGGUAGUGAACAUAAAAGAUCCAGCACCUGGAAUGUGGACAAUUAAGACAUCAAGCGGUGGCCGACACUCUGUUCGUAUCACAGGUCUCAGUACAAUUGACUUCCGAGCUGGUUUUUCCAGGAAGCCAACAUUAGACUUCAAAAUGACUUCCAGCAGACCAGUGCAAGGGAUACCCACCUACAUUUUACUAAAUACUACAGGGAUCAAUCUUCCUGCUAGAGUGGACCGUCUAGAACUGCUAAGUAUCACUGGAGAUCUUCUGAAGACUAUUCCGGUGAAAUACUUCCCUAACAGAAAACCUCAUGGAAUCUGGAAUAUUUCUGAGUUUAUUCCACCAAAUGAAGCCUUCUUUAUUAAAAUAACUGGUUAUGAUAAAGAUGACUACCUCUUCCAGAGAGUUUCAAGUGUUUCAUUUUCUAAUAUUAUUCCAGAUGCUCCAAAAGUAAGCAUGCCCAAGAAAACCCCAGGAUAUUAUCUGCAGCCAGGUCACAUUCCAUGUCAUGUAGCCAGCCUCAUACCUUUUACUGUGCGUUUUAGCAGAAAUGGAAUUAAAUUGGGAAUGGAUCAGUUUUUCAAAGAAUCUGCUAGUGUGAACUGGGAGAUUGCCAAGGUCUCACUGGUGGAUGAAGGUUAUUAUGACUGCAUUGCUGUCAGCAGUGCAGGAACUGGGAGUGCACAAACAUUUCUUGAUGUGUCAGAACCUCCGCCUAUCAUACAGGUGCCUAAUAAUGUUACUGUCACUCCUGGUGAUCGAGCCAUAUUGACAUGCUUAACUGUGAGCACAGUACGUUAUAAUCUCACCUGGCUUAGAAACAGCCGAGAUCUGAAACUUGUUGAGCCUUCCCGGAUCCGGAUGAUGAGCAAUCUCUCUUUAGAAGUCAAAAUGGUAAAACUCUCAGAUGCUGGCGAGUACAGCUGUUUGGCUUCCAAUGAAGGUGGCUCAACUGUGGCAUCUGUAUUCCUUACAGUGCAAGAACCACCCAAAGCUAUCAUCUCGCCCAAGAAUCAGUCAUUUACUGAAGGGUCCGAGGUGUCCAUAAGUUGUUCUGCAACCGGCUAUCCAAAGCCGACCAUAGUAUGGAUGCACAAUGAUAUGUUUAUCAUGGGCUCUCACAGGUACCAGUUAACUUCUGAAGGCACCUUAAUUAUAAAAAACACAACCCCCAAAGAUGUAGGACUCUAUGGCUGUUUGGCUAGUAAUGCAGCUGGAACAGUCAAGGAGACAUCUAUUCUCACAUACAUUGAGGUCCCAAAGUUGACUGUUGUCCAAAGUGAACUUCUGAUUGCUCUUGGAGACACAACUGAAAUGGAAUGCAGAAGCACAGGAGUCCCACCUCCAAUGGUUAAAUGGUUCAAAGGUGACUUAGAGCUGAGGGCAUCAGAAUUUCUUAUUAUUGACUUCCAUCGGGGUCUACUGAAGAUUCAGGAAACCCAGGAUCUGGAUGCUGGUGACUAUAUGUGUGUUGCAACCAAUACUGCAGGAAGUGCAUCUGGAAAAAUAACUCUCGAUGUUGGCUCCGCUCCAGUGUUCACACAAGAGCCCAGUGAUGAAUCUGUGGAUAUUGGCUCAAAUGUGACAUUGGCUUGCUAUGUUCAGGGUUACCCAGAACCAAAGGUGAAGUGGCGACGGCUGGACGGUGCCCCACUUUUCUCAAGACCCUUUGCAGUUAGUUCCAUCAGUCAACUCAGAACGGGCGCCCUUUCUAUUCACAAAUUGUGGGUGAAUGAUGAGGGGACCUAUAUCUGUGAAGCUGAAAACCAGUUUGGGAAGAUUGUUUCACGGCCAGCCAUACUUACAGUGACUGGACUUGUUGCACCUCUAAUUGGAAUGAGCCCAGCAGCAGCUAAUGUUAUUGAAGGUCAGCAGCUUACUUUGCCAUGUGUGCUGCUGGCAGGGAACCCUAUCCCAGAACGAAGAUGGAUCAAAAAUAGGAUGAUGAUGGUCCAGAAUCCAUAUAUCAGUGUCCAAAGUGAUGGAAGUCUUCACCUUGAAAGGGUUCGACUGCAGGAAGCUGGAGACUAUACCUGCCUGGCAAGCAAUGUUGCUGGGACAAACAACAAAACUACCACCGUCAGUGUCUUUGUUCUACCCAUAAUUCAACAUGGACAACAGAUAUUCAGUACUAUAGAAGGCAUCCCAGUUACACUGCCUUGCAAAGCCAGUGGAGUUCCUAAACCAUCCAUAGUCUGGUCCAAGAAAGGAGAGGUCAUUCCUCCCAGCAAUCCAAAGUUUUCUGCAGGAUCUGAUGGGAGUCUACAUAUAGUUUCUCCAGGAGGUGAAGAGUCUGGGGAAUAUAUCUGCACUGCAACAAAUGCAGCCGGCUAUGCAACUCGGAAAGCACAGCUGACUGUGUAUGUGAAGCCAAGAGUCUCCAGGCCUGGGGAUCAGCAAGGAGAUUCACUGGAUAACCCAUUAGAGAUCUCAGUGAUAGCAGGGGAAGAUGUCACACUUCCCUGUGAUGUGAAGAGUUUACCACCCCCUAUAAUAACCUGGGCUAAAGAAAUACAACUUAUCUCUCCAUUCUCUCCAAGACACACCUUCCUUCCCUCAGGAUCAAUGAAGAUCAUUGAGACACGGGUUUCAGACAGUGGCAUGUACAUUUGUGUAGCUACAAACAUUGCUGGGAAUGCGACUCAGUCGGUGAAACUAAAAGUACACGUUCCUCCAAAGAUACAACGUGGUCCGCGAGUGAUGAAAGCAAAAGUUGGUUACAGAAUUGAUAUACCUUGUAAUGCUCAAGGGAUCCCGCCUCCAACAAUCACUUGGCUUAAAGACCAAAAUCCUAUGCUGAUAGACAACAGGCAGUACAUUAGCUCACCUGAUGGAACACUGAGCAUCAGCAAAGUCCUAAUUUCAGACUCUGGAAUCUAUAAAUGUGUGGCAAGUAACAUUGCUGGCCGUGAUGAAGCUGAGAUACAAAUACAUGUUCAAGAGCCUCCUACUGUAGGUGACCUUGACCCACCAUACAACACACCAUUUCAGGAAAGAGUAGCAAAUCAGCGUAUUGCUUUCCCAUGUCCAGCCAAAGGUACCCCAAAGCCUGUAAUAAAAUGGCUACAUAACAACAGAGAAUUAACCGGCAACGAACCUGGUAUUUCAAUCUUGGAUGAUGGCACACUGUUGGUCAUUGCCUCAGUCACACCAUAUGACAAUGGAGACUAUGUCUGCAUUGCAGUCAACGAAGCAGGAAGCACAGAAAGAACUUAUAAUCUGAAGGUUCAUGUUCCACCUGAAAUCAGAGAUCAGGACAAGAUGACAAAUGCAUCGGUGACCAUUAAUCAGCCCAUAAGUCUGUUCUGUGAGGUAUCUGGCAACCCUUUCCCCAUCAUCACUUGGUAUAAAGAUGAUGUCCAGGUUGUGGAGAGCAGUACUCUGCAGAUUUUGAAUAAUGGGAAGCUAUUGAAGCUCCUUAAAGCUACAAUUGAUGAUUCUGGCCAGUAUUCCUGCAAAGCGACCAAUGUUGCAGGGAUCUCAGAGAAAUUCUUCACUGUAGAUGUGCGAGUUCCACCUACUAUAAGAGGCUAUGAUAUACCCAGUGAAGUUUCAGUGAUCAUCAACCAAAAUGCCACUCUGGAAUGUAUAGUUAGCGGCUCUCCCUUUCCCACCAUUCAGUGGUUCAAAGAUGGCAAGCCCCUCUUUUUAGGUGAUCCUAACAUUGAGGUUUGGGAUAAAGGCCAGAUCCUGCACAUUAAGAAUGCUCGAAGAAUUGACAAAGGGCGGUAUCAGUGCAGUGCAUCCAAUUCUGCUGGCAAACAGAUGAAGGAGCUUAAAUUAAUCAUCCAUGUCCCACCUGCUAUUAAAGGAGGAAAUAUUACCACUGAGGUGUCCACAUUGCUAAACAAUGUAAUAAAGUUAGAAUGUGAAACGAGGGGAAUCCCAGCUCCUUCAAUAACAUGGUAUAAAGAUGGACGUCCAAUUAUUUCCAACCCACAAGCACUUUAUCUGGAAAGAGGGCAGUUCCUUCAGAUUCCUCGUGCUCAAGUCUCUGAUUCUGCUAAGUACACCUGCCAGGCAACCAACAUAGCUGGAACUGCUGAAAGAAUAUUUCAAGUGGAUGUUUAUGUUCCUCCAGUUAUUGAGGGGGGCUCGGAAACAGUCCAGAACAAACAAGUGGUUGCUGGCAGCUCGCUGGUUUUGGAGUGUAAUGCUGCUGGCAAUCCACCUCCCCUGCUGACCUGGCUAAAGGAUGGUGUUCCUGUGAAAGCAAGUGACAACCUCCACAUUGUAUCUAGUGGAAGGAAGCUGGAGAUCUUGAAUGCUGAAGAAGCUGACCAUGGCCAAUAUGUAUGUGUGGCUACAAGCAUAGCAGGAGAAAAGGAAAUCAAAUAUGAUGUGGAAAUCCUAGUGCCACCAAGUUUAGAAGGGGGAAAUGAAUCUUCAGAUUAUAUUGUGAUUCUUCACAGCCCUCUGGAGUUGGACUGUCCAGCAACAGGAACGCCUCUGCCAACAAUUACAUGGUUGAGAAAUGGCCAGCCUAUUGAAGGAGGAGUUGGAUAUAAAAUCUUACUGAAUGGACGCAAACUUCUCAUCUCAAGAGCAGAAGUGUCAGACACUGGCCAUUAUCAGUGUAUAGCAACAAACAAGGCUGGUGAUUACAAAAUGGAGUUUGAUGUGACUGUACAUGUCCCUCCAACAAUAAAAUCGACUGGACCUCCUGAGAGAUCUGUGGUGAUACACAAACCGGUAACCCUCCAGUGCAUUGCCAAUGGCAUACCAAUCCCUUCUAUCACAUGGUUAAAAGACAGUAGGCCAGUAAACACAGCUAGAGAAAAUAUCAAACUGGAAUCUUCAGGACGCAUUCUCCAGAUUGCCAAGGCCCUGAUGGAAGAUGCUGGCCGAUAUACAUGUGUGGCAACAAAUGCAGCAGGGGAAGCCCAGCAACAUGUCCAGCUGCAUGUAUAUGAGCCACCCACUCUCAAGGAUGCAGGGAAGAUGAUAAAUGAAACUGUGGUUGUGAACAAUCCAAUACAGCUGGAGUGCAAAGCCUCUGGAACUCCUUUGCCAGCUAUCACAUGGUACAAAGAUAACCUGCCUCUCACCAUCACUGCCAGCAUCUCUUUCUUGAACAGAGGGCAAGUUGUUCAGAUUGGGAGUGCCCAGAUCUCUGACACUGGCAUUUAUAAAUGCAUUGUGGUGAAUGCAGCAGGAGUAGCUGAGCUGUUUUACAGUCUUCAGGUUCACGUUCCACCCUCCAUUGCUGACAAUAAUGAAGUGAUAACUGUUGUAGUAAAUAAUCCAGUAAGGUUGGAGUGCGAAGCCCGUGGAAUCCCUGUUCCCAUUCUGACCUGGCUGAAAGAUGGCAGCCCUGUUUCUAGCUUUUCAAAUGGCCUCCAGAUUCUUUCUGGAGGUCGUAUCCUGGUACUGACCAGCACACAGAUCAGCGACGCAGGAAGGUACACAUGUGUUGCAAUCAAUGCUGCAGGGGAAAAGCAAAGGGAUAUUGACCUCAGAGUUCAUGUUCCACCAAACAUUAUGGGAGAGGAACAGAAUGUCUCUGUGCUGAUGGGCGAAGUUAUAGAACUCCACUGCCACAGCAAUGCGAUUCCCCCUCCCACGCUGGCCUGGCUGAAGGAUGGUCGACUCUUGUUGAAGAAGCCAGGUCUCAGCAUUUCUGAAAGUGGAAGUGUGUUGAAGAUUGAAGGAGCACAAGCCCAGGACACUGGACGCUACACCUGUGAAGCCACAAAUGUGGCUGGGAAAAUGGAAAAGAACUACAAUGUCAAUGUAUGGGUGCCACCAAGUAUUUACAGUUCAGAUAUACUUACACAACUGACUGUAAUUGAAGGAAACCUCAUCAGUAUGAUAUGUGAGUCCAGUGGAAUUCCCCCACCAGCCCUCACUUGGAGAAAGAAUGGUUCUCUGUUGCUGGUUGACCCUACAGGGAGGGUCAGGGUGUUAUCUGGAGGCAGGCAAUUGCAGAUUUCAAUUGCUGAAAAAUCAGAUACAGCUUCCUAUAUGUGUAUGGCUUCAAACAUAGCAGGGAUGGCAAAGAAGGAAUAUAAAUUGCUAGUGUACGUUCGUCCAACUAUAUUAAACAGUGGCAGCCAAAAAUCGGAUGUAACUGUGACCCGUGGGAAUGAUAUUUCAUUAGAAUGCAAGGCAGACGGUAUUCCACGUCCGGCUAUCACCUGGAUGAAGGAUGGCCAGCCCUUAACCAAUGGGAAAGGAGUUGAAAUACUGGAUGAAGGACAUCGUCUUUGGCUUAAAAACACUCGAGUGGCAGACACUGGCCGUUACGUGUGUGUUGCUGUGAAUGUGGCAGGACUAGCUGACAGGAAAUAUGACUUGAGUGUUCAUGUCCCUCCAAAUAUUGCAGGUGAACUGUCUGUGCCUGAAAAUAUCAGUGUAGUAGAGAAAAACCCUGUCACUUUGAUUUGUGAAGCUUCGGGAAUUCCGCAUCCAUCGAUAACAUGGCUCAAGUAUGGGCAGCCCAUUCCUUUGACUAGCUCUGUAAGAAUCCUGUCAGGUGGCAGAAUGCUGCGUUUGAUGCAGGUGAAUCUGGAGGAUGUAGGUCGGUACACCUGUGUAGUGACUAACAUUGCAGGAGAGAAGAGAAAACACUUUGACCUUUCAGUUCUAGUUCUUCCAGGAAUUGUGGGAGAAAGUAAGCUGGAAGAUGUGAAGGUGAAAGAAAUGGAGAGCGUGAUGCUAACAUGUGAAGCGUCAGGGAACCCAGUUCCAGAGAUUACAUGGUUAAAAGAUGGGCACCCUUUCCUAGAGGAUGAUAAUCAUCAGCUAAUGUCCAGUGGGCGCUUUCUGCAGAUUAAAAAUGUACAACUAGUUGACACAGGAAGAUAUACGUGUGUGGCAUCCAAUAUAGCUGGAGACAAAAGCAAAAGCUUCAGUCUUAAUGUACUUGUAUCCCCAACUAUUGUGGGUGCAGACAACUCUGAGAGUGCAGAAGAGGUCACAGUUAUCUUGAAUAAUCCCACAUCCUUGGUUUGUGAGGCUUAUUCAUACCCUCCAGCUACAAUCACCUGGCUAAAAGAUGGAGCUCCCAUAGAAUCCAAUAGGAAUAUCAGGAUUUUGCCAGGUGGACGAACUCUACAGAUUCUGAAUGCACAGGAGGACAACACUGGUAGAUACACUUGUAUAGCUACAAAUGAAGCUGGGGAAACACUAAAACAUUAUGAAGUGAAAGUCUAUAUCCCUCCCACCAUAAACAGAGGGGACUUGUCAGGAGUAGGCUUGUCCCCUAAAGAAGUGAAGAUAAGAGUGAACAACAGCCUUACACUGGAAUGUGAAGCUCACGCGAUUCCUGCUGCUGGCAUCAGAUGGUACAAAGAUGGACAGCCUAUUACAUCAGAUGACCACAUAAUAAUCCAAGCCAGGGGACGCAUCCUACAAAUAAAGGCAGCUCAGAUAUCUGACACUGGUCGUUAUAGUUGUGUAGCCUCAAAUAUAGCCGGGGAGGAUGAAUUGGAAUUUGAUGUCAACAUACAAGUUCCUCCUAGUUUCCGAAAAAGUUGGAAAGUUGGCAACAUACUCAAUACAGGAAAAGGAGGAGAGCCCAAAGAUGUGAUCAUGAACAAUCCUCUUUCUCUAUACUGUGAGACCAAUGCUGUGCCCCCUCCAAUACUCACAUGGUAUAAGGAUGGUAAAACCCUGAGUUCUAGUGAUAAAGUACUGAUACUGCCAGGUGGCCGUGUACUGCAGAUUGCACGUGCUCAGAGUACAGAUGCUGGGCGGUACACAUGUGUGGCUGUAAAUGAAGCUGGAGAGGAUUCCAUCCAGUAUGAUGUCCGCGUGCUUUUGCCUCCAUCCAUUAAUGGCGCCAAUGGUGACAUGCCUGAAGAAGUGACUGUGCUUGUCAGCAAGAUGGCAGUAUUGGAAUGUGUGUCAAAUGGCAGCCCUGCUCCAAGCAUAACCUGGCAAAAAGAUGGUCAGCACAUAGCAGAAGAUUCCCAACACAAGUUUUUAGCCAAUGGAAGAGCACUUCAGAUCCUCAGUUCCCAAAUAACAGAUACAGGCAGAUAUGUCUGCAUUGUGGAGAAUACAGCAGGAAGUGCCAAAAAAUAUUUCAAUCUUAAUGUUCAUGUUCCUCCAAGUAUUGCUGGUAUUAAUCCUGAGAAUUUGACUGUGGUCGUGAAUAACUUCAUCUCCUUGACUUGUGAAGUCACUGGCUUUCCACCACCUGAUAUCACUUGGCUCAAGAAUGGAAAGCCUAUCAGCCUGAAUACAAAUGCUCUUAUUGUACCUGGAGGUCGCACACUGCAGAUUCCUAGGGCCCGGCUGUCCGAUGGUGGAGAAUACAUUUGCGUAGCCAGAAACAGUGCUGGGGAAAGCAGGAGGAGGAGUGUCCUUACUGUUUAUGUUCCUCCUAGCAUUAAAGACCACAGCGGCACAGCUCUUGCUGUAGUAAAUGUAAGAGUGGGGACACCAGUGACACUAGAGUGUGAAUCCAAUGCUAUUCCACCUCCAGUCAUCACCUGGUACAAGAAUGGGCGUAUGAUCACCAUGUCAUCUAAUAUUGGGGUCAUUGCAGAUGGACAGAUGCUUCAUAUCAAGACUGCAGAGGUAUCUGAUACAGGCCAGUAUGUGUGUAAAGCCAUAAAUAUUGCAGGACGUGAUGACAAAAAUUUUCAUCUUAAUGUUCUUGUACCACCCAGCAUUGAUGGCCCUGAGCAAGAGUGGAUCAAUGAAACUAUCAGCAAUCCUGUAACCUUUACAUGCGAUGCUACUGGAAUUCCUCCACCAACAAUCACAUGGCUCAAGAAUGGGAAGCCACUUGAACAUUCUGACUCUCUUGAAAUGCAUAUUUUGUUGGGAGGCAGCAAGCUGCAAAUUGCCAGAUCUCAGCAUUCAGAUAGUGGGAACUACUCUUGCAUUGCCUCAAAUGUAGAAGGCAAAGCUCGGAAAUUGUAUGCCCUUUCUGUUCAAGUUCCUCCAGAUAUUGCUGGAUCUGAAAUGCCAAGUGAAGUCAACGUCAUUCUUGGGGAAGAUGUCCAGCUUUCCUGUAAGGCCAGUGGAAUCCCCACACCUGUAAUUCAGUGGCUGAAAGAUGGAAAACCGAUCAGCAGUGAUGAAUCUCAGAGGAUAAGCCUGACUUCAGACAGCAGCUUGCUAAACAUUUCUGGAGCCCUCACAAGUGAUGCAGGGAAAUAUACCUGUGUAGCUACCAAUCCUGCAGGAGAAGAAGACCGAAUUUUCAAUGUGAAUGUAUAUGUUCCACCAACUAUAAUUAACAAUAAGGAUGAACCUGAGUCCCUAAUAGCCCUACUGGACACUUCAGUAAACAUUGAAUGCCAAGCUGUGGGCACUCCACCUCCACAAAUCAAUUGGCUAAAGAAUGGGCUCCCCCUCUCUGUUUCUUCACACAUCCGGUUGUUGUCAGCUGGGCAUAUUCUCAGGAUUGUAAGAGCACAGAUAGCUGAUGUUGGCAUUUACACAUGUGUAGCCUCCAACAGAGGUGGUGUUAGCAGUAAGCACCAUAGCCUUCGGGUUUUCGUACCCCCAAACAUAGAUAAUGGUGGAGGACCAGAAGAAAUGACUGUUGUAAAAGGGAAUCCAGCUUCUUUUAUGUGUUUGGUUGAUGGAACACCAACACCCAGUAUUUCAUGGCUUAAAGAUGGUCAUCCUUUAAAUCUUGGCUUCCAUGUGACUUUAGAAAACCAAGGAAUGGCCCUUCAUAUUGCAAAAUCAGAUGCUGAUGACACUGGCCAAUAUACCUGUUUAGCAAUUAAUGAAGCUGGGGAAGUUAAGAAACAUUUUACUCUUAAAGUACUGGAACCUCCUCAUAUUAAUGGGUCUGAUUAUCCAGAAGAAAUUUCUAUAGUGGUUAACAAUGCAUUGGAGCUCUUCUGUGUUUCUGAUGGAAUUCCAGCUCCACAAAUCACAUGGAUGAAGGAUGGGCGUCCAUUGCCCCAAACUGAUGAUAUUCGUGUUCUGAGAGGAGGAGAGAUACUUUGGAUAUCCAGUGCUCAGGUGGAAGACACUGGAAGAUACACAUGUUUAGCUUCUAGCCCUGCAGGAGAUGAUGACAAAGAAUAUUUAGUAAGAGUACAUGUUCCCCCUAACAUUGCUGGCACAAGUGGUCCUCAGAAUCUUAGUGUGCUGCAGAAUAGACAGAUUUUACUGGAAUGCAAAUCAGAUGCGGUGCCACCUCCUACAAUCAUGUGGCUUAAAAAUGGGGAGCUUUUACAGGCAACUCCCCGAGUUCGCAUCCUUUCCAGUGGGAGAUAUCUGCAAAUUAACAAUGCCGAUCUAAGUGAUGCAGCUAGCUACACUUGUGUUGCAAGUAAUGUUGCAGGUGAAACCAAGAGAGAGUUCAUUUUAGCUGUAAAUGUUGCUCCCGUAAUCAGAGGUGGUCCUCAAACUGUGACUGUGAAUAUUAAUAUGUCUGCUGUCUUGGAGUGUACUUCGGAAGGCCUUCCAACCCCAAGAGUUACAUGGAGAAAGGAUGGAACCCUUUUUACUGGAAACAGUCCUAGAUAUUCCAUAAUAGUCAAUGGAUCCCUUCAUAUUCAUUCAGCACAUGUUAUUGAUACUGGGCACUAUCUUUGUAUGGCAACCAAUGUUGCUGGCACUGACCGCAGGCGGGUUGAUUUACAUGUCCACGUUCCUCCAUCUAUUGCUUCUGGGCCUGUCAACAUUACAGUAACUGUGAAUGUCCCAACCACUCUGCCAUGUGAGACCUCCGGAAUUCCUAAGCCAGCAAUAACUUGGAAGAAGAAUGGGCACCUGCUCAAUAUGGAUCAGAACCAGAACACAUUCAGGCUUUUAUCUUCAGGUUCACUAGUAAUAAUUUCUCCCACCGUAGAUGAUACAGCAAUCUAUGAAUGUAUAGUAUCAAAUGAAGCGGGAGAGGAUCAAAGAACAAUUGCUCUCAAUGUACAAGUGCCUCCAUCCUUAGCAGACGAAGCUGCAGAACUGCUGGUAAGCAAGUUGUCUCCAGUAGUAAUUCCUUGCACUGCGUCAGGAGUUCCUUUGCCUACAAUCCAUUGGACAAAAAAUGGAAUAAGACUUCUUCCUCGAGGAGAUGGCUACAGGAUUCUGUCUUCAGGUGCGGUUGAAGUGGCUGCUGCUCAGCUGGACCAUGCCGGAAGGUACACCUGCAUGGCACGGAAUGCCGCGGGCUCUGCUCAUAGACACGUUACUCUGCGUGUUCAGGAACCACCAGCUAUUCAACUACAACCUGGAACACUUGAUGUUAUUCUUAACAACCCAGUUCUCUUACCAUGUGAAGCAGUGGGCACACCACAUCCCAUAAUAACAUGGCAGAAAGAAGGCAUCAGUGUUAUCACAACAGGGAAUAGUUAUACAAUUCUUCCUGGUGGCAGUUUGCAGAUUGCAAGAGCUACUACUGAAGAUGCUGGAACUUACAUCUGUGUUGCUCAGAAUCCAGCAGGCACUGCCCUUGGAAAGAUCAAACUAAAAGUUCAAGUUCCUCCAGCUAUCAAACCUCAUCCUGAGGAAUAUGUGAUUAUUGUGGAUAAGCCUGCCACUUUAUUGUGUGAAUCAGAAGGCUACCCAGCUCCACAAAUUGCAUGGCAUAAAGAUGGACAGCAAAUCAUCGAGUCCAUGCGGCAGCGGAUUCUCAGCACGGGAGCUUUACAGUUUGCAUUUGCUCAGCCUAGUGAUACUGGCCGUUACACGUGUACUGCUACAAAUGUAGCUGGAUCAAGCAGCUCUAGCAUGGAACUCACUGUGUAUGUCCCACCUAAAAUACGAAGUACAGAAGCUCAUUACACAGUUGUUGAGAAUUCACGAGUUGUUCUGUCAUGUGUUGCCGAUGGAAUCCCUAUACCAUCUGUGAACUGGAAGAAAGAUGGCAUUAUUUUAAUGAACACAGUGGGGAAACACACAGCUGCACCCUAUGGAGAUCUCACUGUGGACAACACUGUGCCUGAAGAUUCUGGCAGCUACACCUGUAUUGCCAGCAAUGUUGCUGGUGAGGACACCCACACUGUCAGCUUAGUGGUCCAUGUGCUCCCAACCUUUACUGAACUUCCUGGAGAUGUGGCUUUAAACAAAGGAGAACGACUUCAGUUAACCUGUAAAGCCACUGGAAUUCCUUUACCCCAAAUAAUAUGGACUUUUAACAAUAAUAUUAUCCCAGCACAAUACGAUGGUGCGAAUGGACUGAGUGAACUUGUUAUUGAAAGAGUGUCUAAAGAAGACUCUGGGACCUAUGUGUGUACAGCAGAAAAUCUAGUUGGUUCUAUUAAGGCUCUUGGAUUUGUGUUUGUUAAAGAGCCUCCAGUCUUCAUGGGGGAUUAUCAUUCCAGUCGGAUUGAGCCCUUGGGUGGCAAUGCUGUUCUUAACUGUGAAGUCAGAGGAGACCCACCUCCUACAAUCCAGUGGAGCAAAAAAGGUGUAGGCAUUCAGAUCAGCAAACGAAUCAGACAACUCAGAAAUGGAUCCCUGGCUAUCUAUGGCACAGUAAAUGAAGAUGCUGCAGAAUAUACAUGCAUAGCUACAAAUGAUGCUGGUGUCGUGGAACACCGUGUGACUCUAACACUACAGCAUGCACCUGUUAUUGUUACUGAACCAGUGGAGACUAUUGUUGAUGCUGGGGCCACAGCAGUGCUGAACUGUCAAGCAGAAGGAGAACCUCCCCCAACUAUUGAAUGGUCUCGCCAAGGCUGGCCUCUUUUUAAUCAGGACCGAAUGACCGUUUUCACUAAUGGCUCCUUGCGAAUUGCAGUUGCACAAAAAGGGGAUACCUCUGAAUAUGAAUGUGUGGCUAGAAACCUAAUGGGUUCAGUGCUAGUCAAAGUGCCAUUCAUUGUCCAAGUGCAUGGUGGAUUUUCUGAAUGGCUUGAUUGGCAGCCAUGUAGUGUAACAUGUGGUCAAGGCGUUCAAAAGAGGAUCCGUUUGUGCAAUAAUCCUCUCCCUGCAAAUGGCGGACGACGGUGUAUGGAGCCUGAUUCCGAAAUACGCAGCUGUCAGAACAAAUUGUGCCCAGUGGAUGGCAACUGGUCUGAGUGGGCAUCCUGGGAAGAGUGCUCUAAAACCUGUGGGCAAGGCAACAAGACAAGAACCAGAACUUGUAGCAGUCCUCCAGCUCAACAUGGCGGAAGGCCAUGUGAGGGCAGUGCUGUGGAGUCAGUCAUGUGCAACUUCAGACCUUGCCCAGUGAAUGGUGCCUGGGGUUCUUGGCUGCCAUGGGGACCUUGCAGUGAGACAUGUGGCAAAGGUACUCAUACUAGAGUAAGACUUUGCAAUAACCCCCCUCCAUCAUUUGAUGGGCCUGACUGUGAGGGGCCUGAUGCUCAGAUGCAAGUCUGCAGUGAGAGAGACUGUCCAGUGAAUGGAAAGUGGGCUUCCUGGUCCAGCUGGAGUGCCUGUACCAUGUCCUGUGGAGGUGGUACCAGACAAAGAACAAGAGACUGUUCAGAUCCACCACCACAGUAUGGUGGACACAAAUGUGAAGGAAACGAUGUGCAGAUUGACUUUUGCAACAGUGACCCUUGCCCAAUGCAUGGUAACUGGGGGCCUUGGAGCAACUGGGGAUCUUGCAGUCAAACAUGUAACAGUGGCCAGAUGAGGAGAUACCGGACUUGUGAUAAUCCUCGUCCACUCAACGGAGGAAGAGCCUGUGCAGGAGCUGAUACACAGAUACAGAGGUGUAAUACAGUGCUAUGUCCAGUGGAUGGAAAUUGGAGUUCAUGGCAGCCAUGGAGCACGUGUUCUGCUUCUUGUGGAGGAGGCGAGCAGACCCGAUCACGUCUGUGUAAUAAUCCAUCUCCAUCUAAUAGUGGACGUCCUUGCCCUGGAGACAACUCUCAGAUAUCCAAGUGUAACAUUCAAACUUGCCCAGGUGGGCCUCAGCGCGCUAGAGGAAGUGUCAUUGGAAAUAUUAAUGAUGUUGAGUUUGGAAUCGCUUUCUUGAAUGCCACCAUAAUAGAUAGUCCAGAUCUGGUUACUAGAAGAAUACAAGCCAAGAUUACAAAUAUCCCUCGGAGUCUUGGUCCAGCAAUGAGAGUACUAGUAUCUAUUCUAAGUCCUAUUUAUUGGACAACAGCCAAGGAAAUUGGGGAAGCUGUGAAUGGUUUUUCACUUACCAAUGCAGUUUUCAAGAGAGAAACACAAGUGGAAUUUGCUACUGGGGAGAUCUUACGAAUGACUCACAUUGCCCGUGGUUUGGACUCCGAUGGUUCUUUACUGUUGGAUGUUGUAAUAGGUGGCUACAUAUUACAGCUACAAUCAUCAGCUGCUGAUAAUGUAAAGGAUUACACAGAAGAUUACAUUCAGACAGGCCCUGGUCAGCUCUAUGCUUACUCUACACGGCUAUUCACCAUAGAUGGUGUCAGUGUACCAUAUACAUGGAACCAUACCAUUACCUACGAUCAGAACUAUGGAAGAAUGCCAUUCCUGGUAGAAACACUCCAGGCCUCUUCUGUUGAAACAGAGUAUAACCCACUUGAAGAAGCUCUAACUUUUAAAAUCCAUGCUUCUAUUAUGAAAGGAGACCAUAGCAACCAAUGCCCUACUGGAUUUGGUUUGGACACUGCCGGGCCCUACUGUUCCGAUGAAGAUGAGUGCACAUCUCACAAUCCAUGUUCCCAUACAUGCCACAAUGCUAUGGGAACCUAUUAUUGUUCAUGUCCCAAAGGCCUUACCAUAUCAGCAGAUGGAAGAGCAUGUCAAGAUAUUGACGAGUGUGCCUUAGGGAGGCAUUCUUGCCACACUGGCCAAGAUUGUGAGAAUGUCAUUGGUUCCUAUCAUUGUGUGGUUAGAUGUGGGAUUGGCUUCAGAAGAACCUCAGAUGGACUGAGUUGCCAAGAUGUUAAUGAAUGCCAAGAAUCCAGCCCCUGUCAUCAACACUGCUUAAACACCAUUGGAAGCUUCCACUGUGGAUGUGAUCCAGGAUAUCAGUUGAAAGGCAGAAAAUGCAUGGAUGUGAAUGAAUGCAGACAAAAUGUAUGCAGACCUGAUCAACUGUGCAAGAAUACACGAGGUGGCUACAAAUGCAUUGAUAUGUGUCCAAAUGGAAUGACCAAAGCAGAAAAUGGAACAUGUAUAGAUAUUGACGAAUGCAGAGAUGGUACACACCAGUGCCGAUAUAAUCAGAUAUGUGAAAAUUCACGGGGAAGCUACCGAUGCGUGUGCCCAAGAGGGUACCGAUCCCAGGGAGUUGGAAGACCCUGUAUGGACAUUAAUGAAUGUGAACAAGUGCCUAAACCUUGUGCAUAUCAAUGCACCAACAGCCCUGGCAGCUUCAAGUGUAUCUGUCCACCUGGACAACAUUUAUUAGGCGAUGGCAAAUCUUGCGCUGGAUUGGAGAGGUUGCCAGAUUAUGGCACCUAUUACAAUAGCUAUAACUAUGCUCAAUUAUCCCCUGUGAGAGACAACUAUCGACCUCAGCAGUAUUUCAGGCACUCCUCCAAUCUCUACAGCUCCUACUCAGAGUAUAGGAACAGCAGAGUUCCCAUCUCCAGGAAUAAAAGGAAUGUUAGAGAGACUUGCCCUGAAGGCUAUGAGGCAAGAAAUAACAAAUGUGUAGAUAUUGAUGAAUGUGAAAACAGGGAUGUUUGUCAGCAUGAGUGCAGGAACACCCUUGGAAGUUAUCAGUGUUUCUGCCCAGCUGGUUACCGGGUAAUGCCCAAUGGCAAAACAUGCCAAGAUAUAGAUGAAUGCCUUGAACAGAACAUCCACUGUGGACCAAAUCGCAUGUGUUUUAACAUGAGAGGAAGCUAUCAAUGUAUAGAUACACCUUGUCCCCCAAAUUAUCAGCGAGAUCCUCUUUCUGGGUUCUGCCUCAAGAACUGUCCACCUAAUGAUUUGGAAUGUGCCUUGAGCCCCUAUGCCUUGGAAUACAAACUUGUUUCCCUCCCAUUUGGAAUUGCUGCCAAUCAGGAUUUAAUCCGACUAGUGGCCUACACUGAAGAUGGAGUUAUGCAUCCAAGGACAACUUUCCUCAUGGUAAAUGAAGAUGCUACAAUUCCUUUUGCACUCAGAGAUGAGAACUGGAAAGGAGUGGUGUACACAACCAGGCCUCUGCGAGAGCCAGAAACAUACAGAAUGAGAGUCCGGGCUCUCUCCUAUAGCGCUGAUGGAGCCAUUGAAUAUCAAACAACCUUCAUAGUCUAUAUAGCUGUGUCUGCAUAUCCCUACUAGGAAAGCUCUGCUGACAGUAAUCCACGUAUUUUAACUACAUGCAUACAUGCCGCUGGGUGUCACCACUUCCAGAUUGACUGCUGCCUCAUUUUGUAACAGUUGCAGACCUUGCAACUUCUUUUUUUUAAAUGGUGCUAUCUUUGGUCCUUGUUUCUUCUCUCUGCCUGCCAACCUGUUGCUAUCCUUCCAUCUUGACACAAAUGACCAUAAUCCAUGAUUCUUUGGAAUCUUAACCACUUGCUUUAUUUAUUACACUGGAGCAGCCACUUUCCAAAGCUUGUUCUGAUGAUUCUUCAUAACUAAUCAGAAGUACUGAAUAGGGUGGUAAUUUAGUGGUCAGAUGGGGUAGGCCAAAAAAGAAAAAGAAAAGAACAAUUCAUUUCACAACAAAAUUAAAUAAGGUUUAUUUUUCACAUUAUUGCAAGAUUGUUUCAAAAGCUUGUAACACCUUUAUAUUUUUCUUCAAUGCUUGGCGGAGAUAUAGUUUUUGUGGUCACCAUGAAAAUUGUCACAGUCUUGACAUUCACAAAUGCUAAUUCAAAUAAACAGGUAUCUUUAACAGGAGCAAGGAAGGUAAUGUGAACGUUGUUAGGACUGUUUCACACAUUACACAUUAGCUUGCCACUAGCAGCACACUCAACAGGAAGCUGCUUCCAUUCUCUGCUCCCUGACAAGUACACCUGGCUGAGAUAUGUGUUUUCAACUAUCUGCUUGUUACACUUCAGGUGUAUACCUUUUUUAAAAAGUGUCCCUGAGUCUCCUGAAAAAAAUUCUACACAGUUCGUUCUCUAGUAAUUUAACACAUUUGGGUUCUGUAUUCCACUCUUUCUGAUUAUGGGGUUAUAUUGGGUCACUCCCCCCCCCUCUUUCUCUCUAGCUUCUGUCUACUUUGUAUGGUGCACAGGGUGGGAACACCUGUUUAGUAUUUGUUCACUUGUUCUUUAUAUCAGGAGACUGUGGGGUGUGUGAGUGUGUCUCCUACCCUCCUGCUCAGAAUUGGGCCACAGCUGCUGUGAACGUCAAGCAAAAUAAUUAUUGCCUUCAAUGGAUAACAAAGUAUUUAGUUCAGAUGUUAUUUUGCCUACCCAAAAUCAAAUAGGUUCCUAAAAAAAAUAAAAAUUCUAGCAAGUUUGGUCAAGCAAUGAGUUAGGUGUCAAUACACUGUAUAUGGUGGUAACAAACUCUGGAAGUAAUUUUUGCCAAGAUGUAUUCUAUUUGUAUGAAAGUAUGUUGUGUAUAUUUAUAUAUAAAUAUAUAUAUAAAGUUUUGUUUUGCUUGUAUUUUCUAUGCAAUACCAAGAGUUUCUUUUUAAAAAAAUGUUUCUACCAAAGAGUAUUGUUUACACAGUUUACUACCAAAUAAAAGUUCACAUGUUUUAAAAAUUAAA